AUGCGCGGCCUCUACUUGGGACUGGGCGCCAUGGCCCUGGCGUCCGUCAAUGCCUGGGAUUACCCAAACUGCGAGCACGACGGCUGCUACCGCAACCUCAUCGACAAGCGCUUCGAGGAAGAAGCCAAGACUUUCUGUGUUGACUUCCUCCACGGCACCACCACCGCUCCGUCGGCCAUCCCGACUGACUUCAACAACUGCGGCGGAGACGUCAAGGCCGUCUCUUCGGCUUGCUCUUGCAUCACCUACAGCCUGAGCACCACCGUCCCGGUUACCACCUCCACCGCUCCCGGCACGACCAGCACUCCCGUCAUCACCACCUCGUCGACCAGCGAGUAUGUCACUCCUACUCCUACUCCGACCCCAAGCACCACCAAGGAGCACUCGACCAGCACUUCCUCUGAGGACUGCACCACCUCGACGACGCCGGUCAGCAGCACCAAGCCCGUCCACACGCCCACCACCUCCUCCGAGGACUGUGAUACUACUUCCUCUACUGUCGUCAGCAGCACCAAGCCUGUUCACACUCCGACCACAUCUACCGAGGACUGCACUACCUCGUCGACCGUUGUCAGCUCCACCAAGCCUGUUCACACCCCCACAACUUCCACCGAGGACUGCACCACUUCCACCGAGGUCAGCAGCACGAAGCCGAUUCACACCCCGACAACGACUUCCUCUGAGGACUGCGACACGACUUCCACUGUCGUGAGCACCACUAAGCCCGUCCACACCCCGACGACGACCUCGACUGAGGACUGCACCACCUCCACCGAGGUUAGCAGCACCGAGGUUAGCAGCACCAAGGGCCACUCCACUUCGAGCAAGACCUGGUCGACCAAGUACCACAACUCUACGACCAUCUCUACCGAGGACUGCACGACGUUGACCACGAUCAGCAGGACGAAGCCCGUUCACACUCCGACCACAUCCACUGAGGAUUGCACGACGUCGACCACGAUCAGCAAGACGAAGCCGGUUCACACCCCGACCACUUCCACCGAGGACUGUGAGACUACUUCAACUUUUGUGACCAGCAGCAAGCCCGUCCAUACCCCUACCACUUCAUCGGAGGACUGCGAGUCAUCGACCGCCGUCAGCAGCACCAAGGGACACAGCACGACCAAGAGCCACCACAUCCCGACUUACACUCCUACGACCACUCCCUACCUCAACACCACCAGCAAGCCUCACCACACCAAGACCAAGAGCUCCGAGAAGCUGACCACUUCCACUGUCUGGACCACCCGCGUUGAGACCAUCACCAAGUGCCCCCCUCACGUCCCUAACUGCCCCGGAGGACACACCGUCACCACCGUCACGGUUCCUGUGUCGACCACCAUCUGCCCGGUGACCGAGACUCACACACCCCCUCCUCCUCCUCCCCCGACGACUUGGACGACCUCGACGGUGUACACCACAAAGAUCCACACCGUCACCAAGUGCCCUCCCGGAACUCCCAACUGCCCCGAUCAGCCUCCUCACGUCACCACCGAGACCAUCCCCGUCUCCACGACCAUCUGCCCCAUCACCGAGAGUGUUCCUCCUCAUACUUUCAGCACUGUUAAGCCGGUCCCGAGCCCUCCUGCUCCCCCGGUGCCUCCUGUCAACACUCCUCCUGCUCCCCCCGCCGGUACUCCUCCCGCUCCUCCUGCCGGUACCCCCGCUCCUCCGGCGAGCGUCCCUCCCGUGUCUCUCCCCUCUGUCAUUCCUACGCCCGCGACCACCCCCGCCCCUAGCCCCAGCAGGACCACCGUCCCCCCGGUCCAGGUCACCGCUGCCGCCAACCGCCUCGGCUCCGGCGUCAUGGCCGCUGCCGCUGGUGUCGUUGUCGUUGCUCUUCUCUGA